AAAACAAGGAAGUGAGGGAUAGAAGUACAGAGCAGAGCAUUCAAUCAUUCUUAGCCAGAAACUUUUUCUGUAAAUUUGUUUGUAAUUGUCAUUCAUAAAUACAUUGUCGUAUUCCAUACAAGUAGAUGAGUUAAACAAAUUUGUGGAAAUUGUUUGUAAAACCGUUCCUGUGUGAAUUGUCACAUUUAUUUUAAAUCAAAUAACUUUAAAAAUCAUUCGCAAAGCCAUUAUUACAUACAUUGAUGCAAAAAGUCAAUGUGAACUGUAAAGCAGUACGAAAUUCUGUGUAAAUCAUUCAUAGAAUAAUUUUUGCAUAAACUGUCACAAAGUCAUUGUGAGCGGUAAAAAAAAAACAUUCGAAAUUGUGUACAUUUUUUCCAAGUGUUGCAUUAACCUAAGAUGAGUGGAAUGAACUUGUUUAAAUAGUUUCGUAAAACUAUUCUUUCGUAAAUUGUUACGUUCAGAUCAAUGUAAGCAGAUGAUCAAAACAAAUUUCUGUGUAAGUUGUUUGUAUUAACCGUGUUUACAAAUAUCGUCACAUUCUGUUUAAUGCGUCAGUUUGUGUGAGAAUGAUUUAGCGAACAGUUUACAAAGAAAUUUCAUCAGAAACAAAAUCAUUUUAGUUUUAGAUGACACAACAUUUUUCCCAAACAAUGUUUCAUGGGUUUUGUGACCACAUAAAGUUGUGGAUGGACAUUUUCGUCAACUGACACCCAGGUAGUCAACAGUACGACAUAUUGAAUGUACUGUACUUCUGUUCCACCAAACUUUUUUAAUUUGUCUCAAAUAUGACGAGAUUAUGUAUUUUAAACAUAAAAAAGACAAGAUUGUGUCGUUAAACAUAAUCUUGCAUUUUGCUCUAGAUUGUUCACAGCACCUCACUCCAGGCCUUAGGUUGUAUAUUUAGUCAAAAAUGGAAAUUUGCAUCUCAUUCAAGCAUCGGUGUUUAAAUAUAAGAGCACAAGAGUUGACUUCUGGUUUCUCAAUGGCAUUUUCUUUCUAUCUGGCUGCCUGGUGGCCUGUCGACAGGAGGAGCUGGUAAGACAGAACCAGAGCGGGAACUGCUGAUUCCUAUUAACCUUCUGCAUGCAGGGCACAGGCCUCAGGAACAAACCCUAAUGUUCUGGUCUAUUAUUUCUCUGACUUGAGCACGUGAUGGUUUAUACAGUUGUGCAUCAUUCUUGAAAUGAUGGCGGAUGUUUUUAUCCCACUUUCAGAGUUGAUUUGUAAAGCUUUAUAAAAUAUUUUAGUUAAUUUGCUUAUCUGUGAUGUUUUGCUUAUUUGUUUGUUUCUGGUAAUCUCUUCGGUGCCAUUUACAUGACCUAAAUGUGCAAAACGAAGUUUAUUUUCAUGAUUCCUAUUAACAAAUACAUCACUGUAGUGUUUGCUCUUUGCAGGCUUAAAACCUGAACUGCUGUUCACAUUUUACUGAAUUCAUUGUUCACUGGAGACCAAAUCAAGCAGAUCACGGCAUGAAAGAAAUCUUACCCAUUUUCUUUGUGUCUUCCUCUCCCUUCUGACCUGACCCAUCAUUCCCUGCCCUAAAGGACCUCACUGCUCUGGCCAAAGAACUCCGUGAGCUGCGAACCAAUGAGGAAUCCAACCGGCCUCCCAGGAAAGUGACUGAUUAUUCCUCAUCCAGUGAGGAAUCUGAAAGCAGUGAGGAGGAGGAUGGAGAAGGCGGGGCUCAUGAUGGAACGGUGCCCGUUAGUGAUAUUCCACGCAUCAUGCCUUCUGCUGGCCAGGGUGGCACCGACUCACUGGCCAACCAGGAGGAUUCUCAUGCCAAUGAUUCAUUUGGCAAAAAUUCACAAGACAGCACCCUGAUGAUGCGGGAGCUCGCUGCACACUUGCUGACAGAGGCACCCUCUACGUUUGGGGAAAGAAAGCUCGGUCAUGCCGAGAGCAAUGGUUUCCCCGGUAACUCCAAUCUGCCUGAUCUAGUGCAGCAAAGCCACUCGCCUGGCGAGGGCCCUGGGCGGCUUUCUAGUGGGCUGGACCUGGACUCUGUGGCUGAAGUAGGUGAUGGACAAGCCUGUUAGAGCCACUCUGCACUCCAACCCUCAAAUUUCUAACCCGAAACAUCUAAUCAAUCCCCAUUCGAUUCAAAUGCACAUGUUUAUCUGGCUGUAGAUUCACUGAAGCCCAGAUCUCUUCAGAGCUCACAUUGCUUUUCUUGGUUUUACUUUUUUUUCUUUUCUAUUUGGUUCUUAUUUAUUCUCUUUAUUUCAUUUACUAUCAUUUUAAGCUUACAUUUUUUUAAACAUAAAACAUGUAGGACAGCAGCCAGUCAAUAAUAUGCUUUCUUCCCAUUGCCCCAUUUUCCCCUUCUUGU